GCUGCCACAUACAGCAGAGCACAAAGCAACUAGCAAAACAAAAACACAAGCUAGCCGUAGUAGUAAGAGCAAGUAGCCAGGAGCCCAAGCAAGCAAGCAGCCAUGUCCAUCGUCAAGCGUGCUUUGGGCUUCGGCGGUGGCUACGGCCAGAGCAAGCCCGUGAUAAGCUACCACACCCAGAACUCCGACUCCGUGACCACCGUCAUGACGGAGAUCAGCCACAUGAGCCUCAACGAGAAGCAGGCGGGGUACAACGGCGCCGUGCAGAAGACGGCCUCCCUCACGGAGCUGUGCUCUGAGGAUGCCGAGGUGCAGAAGCACGGCUACGGGCAGCAGGCGUACGGGGGCGACGUCGGAGGGUUCGACGCUCUCUUCCGCGACAACGCCGCGCAGAAGCACGGCGAGCAGAAGGCGUCGUCGUACCAGCAUGAGAGCGGCGCCGGAGGGUACAGCGCUCACCACCACGAAAGCUCCGUGCAGAAGCACGACGCCUAUGUCGGGCAGAAAGCGUCGUCGUACCAGCAUGGAGGCUACGAUGCUGUCAGCCACGACAGCACCGGCGCCACGCAGAAGCAUGGCUACGGUGAGCAGAAAGCUUAUGGAGCUGAAGCCCACCGCGACAGCUCGGCGCAGAAGCACGGCUACGGCGAGCAGAAGGCGUAUGGUGGUCACCACCAGGACGGCAAGGUCCAGAAGAGCGGCUAUGGCGGCGAGCAUACGGCGUACCACCAGGACAGCAAGGUCCAGAAGCAUGGCUACGGCGAGAAGGCGCACGGCUACGGCGAGCAGAAGGCUUACGACAGCAAGGUCCAGAAGCACGGCUACGGCGAGCAGACGGCGUACGACAGCAAGGUCCAGAAGCACGGCUACGGCGAGCAGACGGCGUACGACAGCAAGGUCCAGAAGCACGGCUACGGCGAGCACAAGGCGUACGACAGCGCGGUCCAGAACCAGAAGCACGGCUACGGCGAGCAUGGGAGCGCCACCGCCGCCCUCCAGCACGACAGCUACGGCGGCGCGAAGAAGCACGGCUACGGCGGCGAGCAGAAGGCGUACAAGCACGGCGCUGCAGCGGGAGGGUACGACGCCGUCCACCACAACAGCUCAGUGCAGAACUACGGCUACGGCGAGCAGAAGGCGUCGUACCAGCACGGGAGCGACGCCGGAGGGUACGGCGGUGUCCACCACGGCUACGGUGGUGGGCAGAAGGCUUACGGGCACGGCGCUGAUGCCGGAGGGUACGACGCUGCUUUCCAGUACGGCGGCCCGAAGCAGACGAAGCACGGCUACGGCGGCGGGCAGAUGGCCGGAGGGUACGACUCUGCUUUCCAGCACGGCGGCUAUGGCGGGCAGAAGGCGUCGUACCAGCAAGGGUGCGACGGCGGCAUCGCCGGGUACGACGCGCUCGUCCAGAAGAAGCAGGGGAGCUACGUCGGCGGGCACAAUGCGUACCCGCAGCAAGGGUGCGCCGGCGGCGACGUCGCAGGGUAUGAUGCUCUUGUCCGACUCCGGCAGAUGCAGAAGCAGCAGCAGUACAACCAGGCCGGAUGCGAGAGCGACGAAGAGAGCGAGGAGGAUAGCGACUGCGAAGAGGAGGUGCUGGGCGGCGGAUACGGCAUGCAUAAAUACGCCGCCGGCAGCACCAUGCCCGGCGGCACGCAGUACUACUCCGCGUACGAGCGCCGCCAGCAGCUCGGCGGCGGGAGCCAGUACGAGGCGUACGAGAGCUCCACCACCCAGGGGUACUCCGGCGGCGGCUACGGCGGCGGGUGGGCGCAGCCCAAGAAGCACAGCUACUACUGAGCUCCUGCGUCCUGCCCACCGGCGACGACUACCAGCGUGAUACAAUCCUACCUACAGUGAUACUUAUCUGCUCAUGCUCCUGCAUGUGUAUGCCAGUAUUUGGUGGACCUUUGCAUUGCAAAAGUGUCUAAAUAAGAUGUACUUCUAACUGAUAUUCUGCAUCCACCAUAAGUGGCAUCGGUACAAUAAUUUACUAGUACACAAGUC